ACGUAUUACGUGGGUGUUCCGUUGAAAACAGAGGUCCCAAAACGGGACAGAGGAGGAGGAAGAGUUCUUGUCUUUUUAGUUCGGCGAAGAAAGAUGUCGGGUCAUCAUCAUCAGUGCACCGAAAACCCACCUAAUCUGGAUCCAAAUAGCGGGUCGGGUCAUGUCGAGAAACUCGGAAACCUCGACACUUACGUCUCUGGUUCUACUCAUUCAAAGCUUGCUGUUCUUCUUGUCUCUCAUGUUUUCGGAUAUGAAACUCCAAACCUGAGGUUCCAGAAUCUUUACUUGAUCAGCUUGAAACUUGCUGACAAGGUUGCUGAAGCUGGAUUCUAUGCCGUGGUUCCUGAUUUCUUCCAUGGUGAUCCUUAUAAUCCCGAGAAUCAAGAUCGACCGCUUCCUAUAUGGAUAAAAGAUCAUGGACAAGAGAAAGGGUUUGAGGAGUCAAAGCCAAUAGUGGAGGCCUUGAAGAACAAAGGAAUAACUAGUAUAGGAGCAGCAGGGUUUUGUUGGGGUGCAAAAGUUGCGGUGGAACUAGCAAAGCAGAAGCUUGUUGACGCUACUGUUUUAUUACAUCCUUCUCGUGUUACGGUGGAUGAUAUCAAGGGGGUCAACAUUCCAAUUGCUGUAUUAGGAGCUGAACUGGACCAAGUAUCUCCUCCAGAACUUGUGAGACAAUUCGAAGAUGUUUUAGCUUCUAAACCUGAGGUGAAGAGUUUUGUGAAGAUAUUUCCAAGUGUCAAACACGGUUGGACUGUUAGGUAUAAUGAAAAUGAUCCAUCAGAAGUUGAAGCUGCAGAGGAAGCUCACAAAGACAUGCUCGCUUGGCUCACCAACCAUGUCAAGUGACCAAGUGAGAGAACAUAACCAGAGGAGACCGAAAAUCAUGUCUGUUACUCUUUAAUCUUUACAAAUGAUAUAUAUAUAGCUAGUUGUAUCUUCUUUACGUUGCUUUGGUAUGUUCAUGGCUAGUGUUUUCUCAAAAUGUUUCAUUCUCAGAAACAUCAGUAUGAGCUAGUUGUAUUUGUAUUAAAAUAAUGACAGCACCCAAUUAAAGUCAA